AUGGUGCGGCUUUCGUAUCUGCGUCUCAUCCUUCCCCCUUGCCGCUUGUCAGAACUCUCUAGCUUGGCGAUUCUCUAUCAACCUGUUAUUCCAAUUCUUAUAUCUACCAUUACCUUCCAGCAUUUUUUCAAAUGUGUUCACACGCCCUGUAACGUUUAUAUAUAA